UUUCCGGUAAACUGCAGGUCCGGUCUGACUCUUUGAGCAAAACAAAUGCACAUGGCGUAUUAGCCGGAAGUGUAGUUUUUCUUUCGCGGAGAGUCCCCUCUUCAGAAAAGGAGAUGCUGCUGAGUAAAACUACAACAACCGUGAACCAUUGUGAGGGGCGGGCAGAGAAGAAGACUUGCCGGGAUUUCAGUGCAAGUUAGGUGGUCUGAGAGACUUCAGAGGAGGAAAAGCAAUUUGCUGAAUCUGUCUUUUCCCCACACCAUCAUGUCCUCAGAGAGCACCUUAGAUGAUGAGGAUACCUUCAAGAUCCUGAUUGCUACAGAUGUUCACCUCGGUUACCUCGAGAAGGAUGCAAUCCGUGGCAAUGACACUUACAAGACACUGGAUGAGAUCCUCAAAUGUGCCAAGACGAAUCAGGUGGAUUUUAUCUUGCUGGGAGGAGAUUUGUUUCAUGAAAACAAACCAUCACGUCGAUGUCUCCACAACUGCAUCACUAUGCUUAGACGAUACUGCAUGGGAGAGUCGCCCAUACUCUUCAACAUCCUCAGUGACCAGACUGUCAACUUCAACACCACUCAGUUCCCCUGGGUUAACUAUCAGGAUGAAAACCUGAAUAUCUCUAUUCCUGUGUUCAGCAUUCAUGGCAACCAUGAUGACCCCACUGGGGCUGAAGGUCUGUGUGCGCUGGAUCUGCUAAGUGCCUCUGGUCUUGUAAAUCACUUUGGUCACUCCCAGUCUGUUGAGAGAAUCGAAAUGAGUCCCAUCCUCUUGCAGAAGGGCAGCACCAAGCUGGCCUUGUAUGGUCUUGGUUCUAUCCCAGACGAGCGCUUGUACAGGAUGUUUGUCAACAACCAGGUAACCAUGCUUCGGCCCAAAGAAGAUCAGGAUAAAUGGUUCAACCUCUUCACCAUCCAUCAGAACAGGAGUAAGCACGGCCCCACAAACUACAUUCCCGAGCAGUUCCUUGAUGAAUUUAUUGACCUGGUGGUGUGGGGUCAUGAGCAUGAAUGCUUAAUAGCACCGACCAGAAAUGAACAGCAGCUUUUCUAUGUGACCCAGCCUGGCAGCUCUGUAGCAACAUCCCUGUCCCCUGGAGAAGCAACUAAAAAGCACGUUGGGCUUCUGAAGGUGAAGGGUAGGAAGAUGAACCUGCAGAAGAUUCCCCUGAAUACAGUUCGUCAGUUCUUCAUUCAGGAUGUGGUGCUGGCUGACUACGAAGACCUCUUCACACCUGAUACACCCCAGGUUACAAAGAAGGUGGAGGACUUGUGCUAUGCCAAGGUCAUAGAGAUGUUAGAAGAAGCUGAGAGAGAAAGACUUGGAUGUCCACUCACCCCAGAGAAACCUCUCAUUCGCCUGAGAGUGGACUACAGUGGAGGGUUUGAGGCGUUUAACACUUCUCGCUUCAGUCAGAAGUUUGUGGACCGUGUGGCCAACCCAAAAGACCUCAUCCACUUUCUCAGACAACGGGAGCAAAAGGAGAAAAUCAAAGAUGAGUUCGAUGUUGAUUACAGCAAGCUGUUGAAAACCACUGCGGUCGAAGGACAGAGAGUCGAGAACCUGGUUAAACAGUAUUUUGAAGCAGCUGAGCAGACUGUUCAGCUGUCCCUGUUGACAGAGCAAGGCAUGGGGAAGGCUAUUCAAGAGUUUGUAGACAAAGAUGAGAAAGAUGCAAUCCAAGAGCUGAUCACAUAUCAGCUAGAAAAGACACAGCGCCACCUCCAGGCCAGAGGAAUAACUUCAGAACAGGACAUCGAUACAGAGGUCCGACGAUUCAGAGACUCCAAAAAGAACACAACUGAGGAGGAGAUUGAAAUCAGAGAGGCUAUUAACCGAGCCAAAGCUCUCCGACUGGAACGUGGUGAUGUGCCGUUAGACCCGGAUAUAUCUGGUGAAUUUGGAGAUGUCGCCAUGGACUCUGAUGAAGACCCUGUCCCAUUACCUCUCCCAACACGAGGGCGUGGCAGCAGAGGGCGCGGUAGCCGAGGGAGAGGGAGGGGAGCAACAGCUUCUGAACCAAAGCCAGCCGGUCGAGGUCGUGCCCGGAAAUCCACAACAACAACCCAAAGCAGAAGCAUUAUGCAAGCGUUUCAAGCUACAUCUCAAAAACCAUCUCGAACUGGAGCCAGCAAAUCUUAUUUGCCAGUUGACUUGACCAUUAAUGAUUCAGAUGAAGAUUUCCCUGACUUAAAAGCUUCCCGACCUCCUCCCAGAGCAGCAGCAGCAGCAUCAUCAUCAUCGUCCUUCACCAAGUACAGCUCUCAGAGCCAGUCCAGAGGAGUUGCAUUUGAUGACAGUGAUGAUGAUGAUAAUGAGGAUAACCCAUUCAAAGGCCCCAGCCAUCGUUCACGGAAAUAACCUCAAGUGCGUCGACUGCGUAUUACUUUGUGUGUUGUUGAUUUAUCAUUAACAGGUUCUUUGUAAUGAAGAAACCGGUUGGUGCUGCAUUGUUUUGAAUGCAUGUUUACCUUUACUUAAGCACCCACUUCUUCCUGGUGUUGACAGUAGAUGAUUAACAUUAACAAGCUGCUAAUGUUCAAGGUUCAGGUUUUGUCAUUAGCCUUUGUGGUACUCUGAUAAUCAGGAAAAAUAAAUGUUUUUCCAUUGCUUUUCA